ACGGAAGGCCUGGUGGCGGGGCGAAAGGAAAGGGGGCGGAACGAGCGUCUUGGGCGGAGGCCGAGGGCCGGUGGCGGCGUGGAGGCGGCGAGGCCAUGGCGGGCGAGAGCGGCGGCGAGGACUACGAGGUGUGGGUGGCCCUGCACGGGCCGGCGCUGCGGGCCGCCGGGGUGCCCCCGCGCUACUGGACACGCCUCCUGCACAAGCUGGAGAACGAGGUGUUUGACGCUGGAGAGGUGUUUGGGAUCAUGCGAGUGGAGGAAGGUGAGGAAGAGGAGGACGGCAUUGAAGAGGAGCAGGAGCAACUGAGGAAAAAGGCAAACCCAGGAACUGAACUCUGUUAUAAGGUCAUCGUGACGAGAGAGGAUGGACUGCAGGCAGCUGAUCCCAACAGCGUCUUCCUGGUAGACCACGCCUGGACGUACCGCGUGGAGCAAGCCCGCCCGCAGCUGCACCAGGUGCCCGGGUUGCUCCAGCGCAUGGCUGGUCUCAUGGGGGCCGAAGUGCACGGCGAGGUCCCGGACGAGGCAGCCGUGGAGCACGUACUAGAGGAGAUGUGGAGGUUCAACCAGACGUACCAGCUGAACCAGGGGUCAGCCGAGGAGCAGGUUCCGGUCUGGUACGUCAUGGACGAGUUUGGCUCCCGGAUCCAGCACUGUGAUGAACCGAGCUUCGCCACGGCCCCUUUGUUCUACGCCCCGCAGCAAGUGGCCUACACUGUGCUGUGGCCCUUGAGAGACCUGGAGACUGGUGAGGAAGUGACCCGGGACUUUGCCUACGGAGAAAGGGAUCGUCUGAUUCGAAAAUGCAUGUUGAUGCCAUGGCUUCCCGCGGAUGUGUCGGACAUUGACGUGACCACGCCUGAGCCGCCCGAGGCACACUUCCAGGCGAUUCUGGAGGAGAAUCAAGAGACGCUCCCGACUGCCAUCAGCCCGCCGGUGUAUCCUGCCACCAAGGUCUUCAAGGUGUUCACCGAUCUUCAGCAGGUGCGUGACAACUUGACCCACCCCCGUUUUCAGCUCACCAGCUCCAAGGCCGAAGCAGACAUCCUCUACACCUUCUCCCACUUCAAGGAUUACAGGGCGUUGAGCGAGGAGCGACCUGAGGUGAUGCUGAACCAGUUUCCAUGUGAAAGCCUCCUGACGGUGAAGGAUUGUCUGGCUGCAGUGUCCAGGCGGGUUGGGGGGCCCGAGGGACCAUUAUGGCUACCCCGAACAUUCAACCUCCGAACAGAGCUGCCCCAGUUCAUCAGCUACUUCCAGCAGCGAGAAAGGCGGGGGGAUGAUAACCACUGGAUCUGCAAACCAUGGAACCUGGCUCGGGGCCUGGACACCCACAUCAGUCGCAGCCUCAACUGCAUCCUCCGGCACCGGGAGAGCACGCCUAAGGUGGUGUGCAAGUACAUCGAGAACCCCGUCCUUUUCCGCCGGGACGACGUGGGGCUGGUCAAGUUUGACAUCCGCUACAUCGUGCUCCUGCGCUCCGUGCAGCCCCUCCGCCUCUUCGCCUACGACGUCUUCUGGCUGCGUUUCGCCAAUCGAGCCUUCGCCCUGGACGACCUGGAUGACUAUGAGAAGCAUUUCACCGUGAUGAACUACACGGCUCCCGCGGCCUUGAAGCAGGUGCACUAUGACGAGUUCAUCCCACUGUUUGAGGAACAGUUCCCAGACCAUCCCUGGCCUGCUGUGCAAGCAGAGAUCUUCCAGGCCUUUGCGGAACUGUUCCAAGCGGCUUCCUGCCGGCCGGCCCCCCUGGGCCUCGCUCCCUACCCCUCUUCCCGAGCUGCCUACGCCAUCGACCUCAUGCUCAAAUGGGACGUUCGUGAAGAUGGUGAACGGAUUAUGCAGCCUCAGAUCUUGGAGGUGAACUUCAACCCCGACUGUGAGCGUGCCUGCCGCUACCAUCCCACCUUUUUCAAUGACGUCUUCAGCACCUUGUUUCUGGACGAAACCGAAGGGUCACACGUGACCCAAGUCAUCUAGGCCUCGGGUCCACCGCACCCCAUCCAUCUGGGACCAAUGGUUGCCCCAUGGCUCCAGCUGGGGGAGCGAGCUGGUGGGUGGCUACAGUGCAGUUCCUCUGCUCCCUGCUUGCUCUGGGCUCCACGUCCUGCCUUGUGCUGACCAGAGUCUCAUGCAGGACUUCCAUGGUGAGAAAAUGAACCCGAGUCCCGAGUCAUGCGCUCUCGGGCUCGCUGUCCAGCAGUGGCUGGCACGGGCUGGCUCCGUGACACUCCGGGCCCACAGAGCGGCCCAGUUUCCCAAGGCGUUCUGUGAUGAGAAUCGCCCACCAAACACUAAAGCCCCUUGGCCACAA